GUGACCAGGACGCGCUCUUUGUCAUUGGUGUACAACGGAGUGGUGUAGCCACAGCCCUAAGAAGGGUUUUAUAAAGACCCAGCUUCCAUUGAGCAGAAUUUCGGUUAGAAAGAGGAGCAGGAAGUCGCGUGUUUCUCUGCUGAAAGCAGCCGUCCUCGUGAGCUCCAGCACGCAGCCUUUUCGUCCUGUCGGAAUGUCACUGAGCUCCAUUAAGUCCUUCAGCCUGGAGCUGGACAAUCCUGCCGACUCAGCGUUCACGCUGGGAGAGGUGGUCCUGGGCCAGGUGGUCCUGGAGCUCCGCAGGGACACCCGGGUGCUCUCCAUGAAGGUGCAGGGCCGAGGGGUGGCCACAGCACACUGGCUGGAGAACCGCAGCAUGAACUCCGUCUACAACGACUACACCUCCAGGAUCACCUACUUCAGGAAGAGACAGCACCUGAUCCGAGAUAACGGUGAAGUGACUGUCCUUCCUGCGGGAAGACACGAGUUUCCGUUCAGCUUCCAGCUUCCAGAGGAGACUCUGGUCACGUCCUUCGAGGGGAAACAUGGCAGCGUUCGUUACUGGGUCAAAGUCAAGCUUCACAGGCCGUGGUACAGCGUCAAGAAAAUCAAGAGGGAGUUUACAGUUAUCGAGCCCAUCGACAUCAACACACCGGCUCUUCUGGCACCACAGGCCGGUACAAAGGAUAAAAUGGCACGGGCGUGGUACCGCAACUUUGGCCAGGUUUCUGUAACCGCAAAGAUCGACCGCAAAGGCUACACACCAGGCGAGGUGAUCCCCGUGUUUGCGGAGUUUGACAACUCCACGUCCCGAMCGAUCGUGCCCAAAGCCUUCAUCACGCAGACGCAGACGUUCGUCGCCCGAGGCACCAUGAAGCAGAAGCGCUCGGUGGUGGCCACCCUCUGCGGGGACGUCGUGGGCGCGAGGAGCCGUGAGACCUGGCACGGCCGCGCCAUCAAGAUCCCCCCCGUGGGUCCGUCCAUCCUGCAGUGUCGCAUCAUCAAAGUGGAGUACAUGCUGAAGGUUUGCGUGGAUGUUCCCGGGACAUCUAAGCUUUGUUUGGAGCUGCCCCUCGUCAUCGGCACCAUCCCCCUCCAUCCCUUCGGCAGCCGGACGUCCAGCAUCAGCAGCCAGUACAGCGUCAACCUGGAGUGGCUGCGCAUGGCCAUCCCCGAGCAGCCCGAGCCUCCUCCGGAUUACAGUUCUGUGGUGACGGAGGAGGAGGCAGAGCAGCGCAACAACGCGGUAGUCCCGCAGCCGGCUGAUGACCUGAGCGGGAUCAUGGAGCGACCCCUUAUGGCUUUCGUUCAAGAGUUUCGUUUCCGACCUCCACCGGUGUACUGCGAGAUUGACCCCAACCCUCAGCCCUUCAACAUAAGACCUCGCUGCAUGACUUGUUGAACCACGAGCCCUGCCUGAGCYACGAGCAGCGUGAUUACUGAAACAAACCGCGGGAUUUGUCUCCUCCUGGAUUAUUCCUCUCUGGUGAACGAGCGCCAGGUCCCAGCCCGAGUCGUGUGGACGGACUGGAGCGUCACAGCGAGGCCAGAAGACGGAGCUCACAGGAACUGAGCAUUCGCAGACGAGCUGAAGUUUCGUUUCCCCGUCCAGAACAGUAGACGUUUUCCUGGGGGGGUUCUGCUGAGAGGGAAGCUACUUCUCUGCGUCGGUUCCUGUCCUUCCCAAGUGAAUUAUUAUUAUUUUUGCUCUCAGGACAAGAGAGCGAUGAAAGGCCUCCCAAUCAACGAUUCCCUCAAGUGAAGAGACUUUUUGAAUUUUAAAGAGUUUUUUUAAAGAGUUUGGGACAUGUUAGGGGGGUAAUAUCACUUGAUAUUUAUCAGGCAGAGAGUGAGCGCUUUUGAUAAGUUGACAUGCCCACUGUCAUCUUUGAAUGGCGCAAAGUGAAAAGUGCAAUUAUUAUCUAACUUGCCUGGCAUCAGGGUAGAUGGUAAAUACCUACUUUACUAUGCAUUGUGUGACUCGGCAGCAGAGUGCCUCUCACAUAAUAUACUGUUAAGCACAUACUGUAAAGAUGUGACGUUGAAGCAGAUGAGGUAAAUAAGAGCUAAAUGUAGUUUAUGCAUGUAGGUAACAUUAUGCAAAAGGGAAGUAAAGUUACGCCUUAAUCUGCAGUUGAAGAUUGCAUGAGAGUUUUAGGGAGUUCGCUCACAAAGCUGAAUGUAUUGAGAGCUGUUGGAACAAAAACAAAACAAAAACAAAAAACUGGCUUUGUAAGUGGUUGAACUUAAAGAGCAGCGUUGUGUAAAUGCAAAAGCUCAGCACUGAAACACAAAAAAGCUGUGGUAUUAGAUUUAUAGCAAACAAGAUGAUGCAGUUGGCUACACAGAAGUGCUCUACCAGCUACCAAAUAAAAAAUGAAAACAGAGACUGCUGAGACGUACGGGCUGGAAACCUUUAAGAGCUGCGAGGUCGUGCCUUAAGCUGGAGAUGCCACUGAAAUGUACGAACGAAGAACAUUCCUAAUACUGACUCGAGGAUCGUGUUCUCUCCUCGCCUUCCAAAAAAAAAACAAAAAAAACAAAAAAUAUAAACCUCUGUUCAGGGUCAGGUGUGCAAUGAACGGCACACUGCAGAUGAUAACUAAAAAAAUGUAUUUUUAUAUAAAUCCAACUUGAUUAUGAAACAUGCCAAAGUUUUGUAUUUGUUUUUCCAAAUAAUAAUAAAAAAAACAAAAUAA